AUGCGCGUUCGCAUCUGGUAUUGUCUUUAUUGCCUCGAAACCACCCUGUGCCUUAUUACCGGACGUCCUUGUGCCAUUCAAGAUAGGAUUUGCAGUGCGCCGUACCCAUCAGCCCUAAACGAUGAGAUAUUGCCAGCUCAAUACAGUGACGUCGCAGUGCUUGAUGCGUAUUUCUCCAAACACCAAACGCUUAUGGCCAUUUCUGCGGAUAUGCUGUUCAUUCUAUAUUCUGAGAAGAGUUUUCGCGAUAAAAGUUGGUCUCAAGUACAAGACCUGAUAGUAAGACUGUCAACAAGCUUACAAAAUUGGAGGAUUCAAUUGCCACUUGCCCUCGAUUUCUUCAAAGAAGAGACUGAUACGGUUUUCAGGCGUCAGAGAUUAAACCUAGCUUUUCAGUACUAUACAAUUCUUAUGCUCACCAACAGGCCAUGUCUCUCAAAGACUUCCGCUCGUAAAGAUAGUACGCCUAACGAGUCCCUGGAGUUUAGAGAAUUCAGCAAAACAAGUCAGGAUCUAAUUCCCAACUCGCCGUGGUGGUGCCUUAUACAUCACCUCAUACCCGCAAAUAAGAUUAUUAUGCUAGAGAUGGCCGACGAAAAUCUACAUACCCCCGAAUAUAGAGCUGCUUUACUUGAAGACUGUAAAAUGGUGCUUGUUUGGCUGAGGAGUAUGUCAAAAGUGAACGCGGCCCUCCGGAGACACAGCUUGGAGCUUUCAGACCAGCUCAAACAAGUCGUGCCUGGAAUCGAUGCACAACUUGAGGAAGAAAUAGUUGAAUCUGGGACUCAAGACGUUACAACUCAAUCUAUUUCAUCUUCUGCGGAGUAUACAGCUUCUACUUUACCUCAAGCUACGGGAUUCGGAGAUAUGCGGUUUGACAUAUAUGGAAAGACCUGCUACACUACCGAGUAUCAAUACUUCAAUUCUGCGAGCGCAUUAUUAUGUUCUUCGUCGUACCAACCAGAUCGAGACUCGAUAAUGAUCGAAUCACCUAGUUCAGGACAUUCCCGUCCACGAAAUAGCCCCCGGGUUGAUAAUAUGAGUUUGUGGCUAGAUACAUAA